UUCACCAAAGAACGAGACCAAACCGCUUCUGCCCGUAGCUGUCCGUGUGCUCUUUGCUUUUGUUUACACUCUGCAUGUGUGACACGGGACAGUGUGAACACAAUAGAGACCCUAAGAUUUAAGCAGUACUGGCUUUGUAAAGUUUUCCUGACAGCUCUGUAGAUCACCCUGCCCUAUCUCCCCUGUGGAUUUAAUCGUAUUGCAGGAAGUCCCUCACAUCCUCUCUGCUUGCGGUGUGUGUGUGCUUGUGUUUCUGUGUCACUAUAUUAUGAAGAUCUCAUCAUAAGGAGCCGGGCAUCAUGAGGAUCUACCGGCGCAUGGAGAACUGGUGCCUCAUGAGCGGACUCCGCGCUUUUGUGCUGCUGAUAGUGGGACUGACAGGGGACAUCGCCGCUCAUCAAUCACCCGACGGGAGGCAACUAAAAAGUGUGCUCAACAAACUGGAACACUACCACACCAUGGUACCACUACUGCUGGAAGGAACAGAGCAGCGACCAAUCAGCUGGCUCCGCUCCAGGACGCCUCCCGCUUCGCUGCGCAUCCUGAUCCAAGCAGGAGAACAACAGCUGAUUUUAUCUAUGGAGAAGAACCACGGCCUGUUUGCCAACCAUUACACUGAGACACAUUAUAAGGAAGAUGGACAAACAGUCAUGAGCGCUCACAACUCUACGAUGAAUUGCUAUUAUCAUGGUGAAGUCCAAGGAUACACACACUCUGAUGUCAGCCUCAGUACAUGCACUGGUAUCAGAGGAUUCAUCAUACUUGAAAACAAAACAUUGAUGGUGGAGCCAGCUUUUGAGCCAGCAAAUGACACCCAUGUGAUUUAUGAAGGACAUCACCUACACUUCCCCUCUGGAACCUGUGGACACGGACACAACAUAUCGACUGUCAGCCAUAUGAGCGCUGGAGGACUGCCACAAUCAUUCAACACAAGGCAUAAACGGGAUGUUCAGAAGACCACCAAAUAUGUGGAGCUCAUCAUUGUAGCAGACAACAGAGAGUUCCAGAAACAAGGAAAAGAUGUGGAGAAGGUUAAGCAAAGGCUAGCAGAGAUCGCCAAUUACGUGGACAAGUUUUACAGAGUGCUGAACAUUCGUGUAGCUCUGGUGGGGUUGGAGGUGUGGAGUGAUGCUGAUAAAUGUGCAGUCACCCAAGACCCCUUCACAACCCUGCAUGAGUUUUUGGACUGGAGAAAGCUUAAACUGCUGCCGCAGCGGCCACAUGAUAAUGCCCAGCUUAUUAGUGGGGUGUACUUCCAGGGCACCACAAUAGGCAUGGCUCCCAUCAUGAGCAUGUGUACCGCUGAGCAGUCAGGAGGCAUUGUCAUGGAUCACUCUGACAAUCCUCUGGGAGCUGCUGUGACUUUGGCCCACGAGUUGGGCCAUAAUUUUGGAAUGAACCACGACACACCGGAGCGAGGAUGUGGUUGUAGGAUGACUGUAGAUCGUGGCGGCUGCAUCAUGACCCCUUCUACAGGGUACCCAUUCCCCACGGUUUUCAGUACGUGCAGUAAGAAGGAUCUGGUGGCUAGUCUGGAGAAGGGGGUGGGCAUGUGUUUAUAUAAUAUGCCUGAAGUCAAAAUGCUCUACGGGGGACAGAAAUGUGGCAACGGAUACAUUGAGGAAGGAGAGGAGUGUGACUGCGGAGAGCUGGAGGAGUGUCAGAACCCCUGCUGUAACGCUACGACCUGCACUCUCAAGGGAGAUGCUGUGUGCGCCCAUGGACAGUGCUGCGAAGACUGCCAGUUGAAACCAGCUGGGACUCCUUGUAGAGAGUCCAGUAACUCCUGUGACUUACCAGAGUUCUGUACCGGAACAAACCCCCACUGCCCUGCCAAUGUGUACCUGCACGACGGACACGCGUGCCACAAUAUGGAUGGUUACUGCUACAACGGCAUCUGUCAGACUCAUGAGCAGCAAUGCAUCACUCUGUGGGGACCAGGAGCAAAACCUGCCCCGGGAAUCUGUUUUGAAAGAGUAAACUCUGCAGGUGAUCCCUAUGGAAAUUGUGGAAAAGACUCCAAAGGUUCCUUUGCUAAAUGUCAAGCAAGGGAUGCUAGGUGUGGGAAAAUUCAGUGCCAAGGAGGUGCUAACAGGCCGGUGAUCGGAACCAAUGCGGUUUCCAUAGAGACAAACAUACCUCUGCAGGAGGGUGGACGCAUUCUGUGCCGUGGAACACACGUGUACCUGGGUGACGAUAUGCCUGAUCCAGGACUGGUAUUGGCAGGCACUAAGUGUGCUGAGGGAAUGAUCUGUUUGAACAGGCAGUGUCAAAAUGUCAGUGUCUUCGGAGUUCACAAGUGCUCUGGGAAGUGUAAUGGAAGAGGGGAAUGCAACAACAAGAAGAACUGCCACUGUGAAGCUCACUGGGCACCUCCUUUCUGUGACAGGGCGGGGUUUGGCGGCAGCAUCGACAGUGGACCAAUGAGACAAGCCGAUGUGCGAGUGUGUGUAUUAAUGUGCGUGCUGUCCUAUGUGACAACAGCUGACAGCAGCGCUGUGGCCGUGGGCGCGCUGGUCACCCUCCUUUGCUUGCUGUCGGCCGGACUGAUUGUGUGCCUGAAGAGGAAAGCGCUGGUUCAGAUGCUCUGCAUCAAUAAGAAGAGCGCCAUUCAAAAACUCAGAUCAGUUGGCCGAAAGCGAGCUCCCAGCCCUCCACAGACACAGUCAGUGUUCAGGGUCUCGCCUCAACACAAGCCCGCCUCUUUACCUUUACACUCCCGCUGUGACAAGACGUCUCAUCCCAGUUCGGAGCCUCUCCUUCCCCCACACAACUUUCACAGUUUGCGUCGGCUGCCUGAAUGUCCCACCCGCUGCCAGCCCGUCCACAUCAGCCACCCCAUGCCCAUCACAGGUCUCCAGCCUCUGCCCUCGGUCCCGCUUCAUAGGACUCUAAUGUCACACACUCACUCGCCAGGCAGAACGGCAGGCUUCCACACACUCCCACGCCAGCUGCCCUACGCUAACAUCCAGGACCACGACAAGCCCAGUCCCCCACAGAAACCACUUCCUGCAGACCCCUUAAUCAGAGGCCACGGGGUGGGUCAAAGCUCAUCUGCCGUGGGAGUGCGGAUACCUGGACCUCUAGCCAUCCCGAUUCCAACAGUACCACGACCGCCCCCUGCCAUACCACUGCCAAACAGACCUCUUCCCAGAUUACCACAGCCCUUUUAUGACCAUUGACAUAUAAACACCACAGCACUGGGUGAAUUUCACCAGCAUCUGAACACACUUGUUUGCACUAUGAAAACUCUGUCGGACCAAGUGACCACCCCUGCAGAAACUCCACGGAGGGUCUUACAGAGAAGAGGGCUGACCGGACACCUUGGUGCUGCGCCUCCUCAAAAAAGGUGUUUGUUUGUCCUCGCUCAGGUACUGCAGAACUAUUUAAGAUGUAUAUUUAUUGUGAGGAGGAAACUAUGUGCUGUGCUUGACACGUUUUUUUAACUGUAUGACCAUUAGUUUGUUUUUCAAAAAAAUGUUGAAAAAAUGCUGACUGAAAAUAAGGCCACAAAUCAUGUUUUCAUUUUUCCAAGUGUUUUUCUUCAAUCUAUCUUAUGGUAAGACUCACGUCAGUGUUGUGAGGAUCAAAAAAAGACCUGCUUUAAAAUAACACGGCAUGUCUGGGAUACUGGAGUACAAGCAACAUGAAAUCUGACUAAAUGCAGGACUGGAAUCAGCGCCACUAAGUGCAAAAACACCUUAACAAUUACUUGAAUGAGGCAUAAUGACGAAUGAUGUCAUGAUAUGAGCCAUUAUUGUUCAUUCAUCUGUGGCAGUCAUACUUACAGGCUUUGACAACCCAACUUUUUAUGAACUACAGUACCUUAAAAUCAUGUGCUUGAGAUAUCAUUGUGCCAAAACAAGAAUCACUGUUACUACUGCUACAACUUUAGCCCUAAGCAUUCAGUUUUGUUUGUGUUACAAUCAUGAAUGAUACCUCAAAUUAUGUGACAAUUAAACAGGCAAAACUUGAGUUACAUCAACUAGGGGCCGAGCCGUACCUAGAGAGCAGAAUAGCAGCUGCCAUAGCAGUGACAUGUCAAGUUCAUCUACAGAAAAUCCAGUCAGUAUUUAUAGUCCAAACACUUGAAAGGUCGUGAUGUUCCUUUUUCCAAAAUGUUUUGAAACAUUCAGAGAAAUAUCAGUGGAAACACAAAAUAUGUAGUGACACCACAGACCUUAAAAUAUCAUGGCAUUGCAAAUCAGCGUUUCCACUGAGCCAUCAGGAUCCAACAGCUGUCAUGUCUGUGUCAUAAUGGCCUUGUUGUGCUGUAUACACACGUUCUGUGAAAUAUCUUCCAAUACUUGAGGUUAUAGAUGUUGAAUUUUCUCUUCUGUAUUUCUUUUUGACAGUAUACAUUACCAAUCAAAAGUUUAGGGUCAGUUUUUUUUUUUUUAAGAAAUUAAUGCUUUUAUUCAACAAGGAUGCAUGAAAUUGAUCAAAAGUGACAGUAAAGAUAUUUCUAUUUCAAAUAAAUGGUGUUCUUUUGACCAUUUUCUUCAUCAAAAAAUUCUGAAAUACCAGUCAAAAGUUUUUGAACAGUAAGGUUUUUAAUCUUUUUUUUUUUUUAAAGAAGUCUUUUCUGCUCACCAAGCCUGCAUUAAUUUGAUCCAAAAUACAGCAAAAACAGUAAAAUGUGAAUCUAUUUUAAAAUGUAAUUUAUUCCUGUGAUCAAAGCUGAAUUUUCAGCAUCAUUUCUCCAGUCUUCAGUGUCAUGUGAUAUUUAAAAAAUCAUUCAAAUGUGCUGAUUUGCUGUUCAUAGGGGAGAAAUUAUAAAAAUUAAUACUUUUAUAAUGAUAAUAAUUAAUACUUUUAUUUAGCAAGGAUGCUUUAAAUGGAUUAAAAGUGAUGAUAAAGACAUUUAUAAUGUUACAAAAGAUUUCUAUUUCAGAUAAAUGCUGUUCUUCUGAACUUUCUGUUUUUCAGAGAAACCAGAAAAAAAUUCUACUCUGCUUUUUUCAACAUAAUAAUAAAUAUUUUUUGAGCAGAAUAUCAGAAUAUUAUUGAAAAUCAGCCAAUCAGAAUACUGAAAGAUCAUGUGACUGGAGUAACGAUGCUAAAAAUUCAGCUUUAAAAUCACAGGAAUAAAGUACAUUUUAAAAUAUAUUCAAAAAGAAAACUUUUUUUAAAUAAUAAAAAUAUUUCACAAUUUACUGUUUUUGUUGUACUUUGUCAUCAAAUAAAAAGCUUUAUAAGAGGGGGAAAAAUCAGGCUUGAUGAGCAGAAGAGAAUUACAAAAAAAAAAAAUCUUCAGUUCUUCAUUUUUCGUUUUUGAACAUUUUACUGUUCAAAAACAUAGAUAUGUAGACUGGAGUAAUGAUGCUGAAAAUUCAGUUUUACUUUCACAGGAAUAAAAUACAUUUUAAAUUCAUUCAAAUAGAAAACAUUUCCUUUAAAUUGUAAUAAUAUUCCACAAAAUCACUAUUUUUACUGUAUUUUUGAUCAAAUAAAUACAGCUUUAUAAGAGAACCAAAAAAAAAUCUUACCGACCCCAAACUUUUGAAUGAUUAAAGUAGUCUCUGUAGCCAAAUAGCCAUUUUUCAUUACCUUCUAGCAAAAGUGUUCAACAUCAAGAUGAUGUAAAUUACACAGGAUGUAGUAAAUAUCACUGCUGGUGUUUUUUGUCACAACUAUGGCAUUUUUACACAACAAGUGGUUCCUUCUUGCCCAUAACACAGCUCAUUUUAUGCACAGCUGGACUCACUGUUAUUCAUAAACUUAUUAGAUUGUUGUUCUGCUUGGUACUUCACCCUGAGGGGGAAAUUACACUUCAGUAUUUCCACAUUAUAUUCCAGCGUUGUUGCUUUGGGAGUAUAACAAACCCAGCUGUCACAGUAUUUCAGUCAAGCCAAGCCUGAGUCUGUGUUUUUAUGUUCUUGUUUACCUAUUUACAGCAAUGUAUGUACAUUUCACCUUUUUAUAUGCACUCAUGUGGAUGUAUUAAAUGCUCACCUUUUUUUUUUGACAGAUAAUUUGUCAAUCUGGGGUCAAAGAUGAUUGCUCAGUUUUUGCGCUGGGUGUUGAAUUCAUUGUGUUACAAUUUUAUAUAAAGUCAAUUUUUAUUUCUGUGAAUUAGGAUAUUAAAAGGGAAAUGUGAAUGCCUUCAAAAAAAUUAAACUGGAUACUGGCAAUGUAAGGACUUGAAUGACAACAAUAAAUGAGGGUAUUACUAUUGUG